AUGCGCAUCAUCGGAAUUCUCCUCUGUGCGAAGAUCGUUCUACUCACGUCUGUUUUUAUUGCUGUGAUUGUUGUGUUCCUGUGCGCCUUCUUCAACUUUGGAGGCCUACCGCAAAGAGCUCGUGCCGCGCGGAUGCAUAACUGCCGAAGUCUCAUUCUCGAUGUGGCCAAGAUUCUUUUAAUCUUUUAUUUCAUGCUAAUUAUAUAUAUGUCUAACUUUUCACUUCAUUGA